ACUUCAAUCUAAACAAAAGAUUAUUUUAAUUCCUCAAUCGAGGAACUCCAUAAAUUCCCAAGCUCCUUGGGAUUCGAGCUGUGUGUGGUGCGGCAGCAACGCGGAAACGAAGAACAAUCUCUUCGAUGUUGCACUCCACGGCUUCGUUUUCCAUCUACACUGAUGAUGAAAAUCAGGAACAAGUCAUGGGAUUAGAAGAAUUUGAGAAGGGUAUCACGAUUGAAGUGAACAAAGAAGCUCUGGGUAGUGGUAAUGAUUUCUGUUUUUCGAAAGGGGCUAUGGGGUUGAUUCAAGAGGAAGAAAUGGAAGAUGGUGAUGGCAUGAACUCGAUUGGGGAUUUUGACGGCGGCGAGUUUGACCUCACACCGGCCAGUCCUCCGAUGUAUCUAGCGGCAGGACUUGGAUUGGAUGCUUCUGGUCUCGGCGGUGCGUAUGAUUCUGUGGAUUUUUUUGACGAGAAGAUGGUGGAUGAACCGCCUGCAAUCCAUCCCUCGCUGCUUCUGAGGAAAUAUGUGCAGUCCUUAUGGUCGGAGGGAAAACUUGAUGAAGCUGAGGAACAGUGCUAUCAAGCUACAGUAACAUACCCUGAAGAUGCUGAAAUUCUGAUGCUGUAUGCUCAGUUGGUUUGGGAAGUUCAUCAUGAUCAAGCUAAAGCCUCAAGUUACUUUGAACGUGCAGCUCUUGUUGCUCCAGAUAACAGCGAUAUUCUUGCAGCACGAGCUAAAUUCCUGUGGGAACUGGACGACGAGGAUGAAACUAUGAUACCAGGGGAAGAAGACGGGAACCCAGUUGGUAGUUCACCGCCCAAAGAAAGAACUGAACCAGUAGCUGACAAUGGUGGGAGUGAUCUGCAGGAGUCUUAUGAGAAGAUGCUGAAGGAGAACCCCACUGAUCCAUUGCUUCUGAAGAACUAUGCUCGGUUCUUGCAACAGUCCAAAGCUGAUCUCCAAGGAGCAAAGGAAUACUACCACCGUGCGAUCCAAGCCGACCCAAGCGACGGGGAAGUGUUAGCACAAUAUGCAAAAUUGGUGUGGGAGCUUCAUCACGACUACGAUAAAGCGUCACAUAACUUCGAGAGAGCAGUAGAAGCCUCUCCUACAAACAGCUAUGUUCUUGGAGCAUAUGCAAGCUUCCUUUGGGAGACGGAUGAAUACCAAGAGGAAGAUAGCCAAAAUGGCUCUCAGUGGCCUUCAAACACAGCGACAGUUUCUGUGGGAAAUGCUUGAAUUUUAAGAACAUGACAUACUCAAUGAUAUAAUGUAUCAAGUGAUGCACUUGAAGCGAAAUAAUAUUGUUCUUGUUUGAAUAUC